AUGACAACGAGCCCCUGCGGUAUAUACUCGCCCUCCGUUCCAGCGGACGACGACCUGUCGCAGCCAGGGUCGCCCUGGACGUUGGAAGGGGCUAUAGAGGAACUCAAUCCGCCUCCGCCCACCUGGGCCACCGUGAGCGCGGCAGUCGGCCUGCUGCCACCUGCCACUAUCGCUGACAACUACAAUCCGAUGGCGUCCACUCCAAGCGUCGCUAGCCUGCCAGGGAGCGGUCUGAAGCGGUCCCGCGCCAUCAAGGUACCGCUCCGGCUGGAUACAGGCCGGCUGAGUCGAGGUCGUGGUCCUUUUUCGGCCUUGGAGGACACUUCGCGGCACAAGGGUCCGCUCUCUGCCGGCGAUGGCUUGUCCCACGGGCCACCCUCGCCGCGCCCCUUCACGCACGAUGGGCGCAUGCCCUUCUCGACGCUGGAGCAGGGCCCAGAGUCUGCGUUAUUUGGUGCCGGACCAGAAACAGAAGACAAUGUUCUCUGGCUCAGGGAUAGGGUAGAGCGCCCGCCAUCCGUCACGGUCGAGCACGGACACGACGUGGUAUUUGGGUAUACGGCCGCUUCAGAUGCGAGAGAAAACAGUCAUUCGGACUUGCUCGUGGCAUUGGGUGUCACUGAUCCUUCCUCAGACAGUAUUUCCAGGGUGGACCGGCACCUCGCCAGGGUGCCAUUGCCGCUCACCCCGCGUUCGCCAACUGGUGCCGUGUACUCGCCCAGCAGCUUUCUCCGCAUGGCCGAUCAUGUCCAGCAUGCCGCACGUUUGCCAUCGCCUUCUCCUCUCUCGGUCCUUUGCAGAGGGUACAUGGAUAUGCAUACCCAGGCGGCACAUAAAAUGAGCACCUCGCGGCAAAACAUAGUCCAGAUUGAGGAGCUGAUGCAGGAGUUCCUGGCAAGCGAUGAGCAGGUGCUGCACACACCCUCAUCCCACGACGGCAUCGACGCAGCACUUGAAGAAGAGCUAUGCACAUAUGCAUGCCAGCAGAUCCAACAAGCAGGCAUCUUACUGUCACUGCCUCAGGCCGCUAUGGCCACCGCACAGGUCCUCUUCCGCCGGUUCUGGUUUGUAUCAUCCAUGAAGCAGUUCAACGUACACGACAUUGGCAUGGGGUCACUCAUGCUUGCGUCUAAGCUGAGCGAAGUGCCCGUGCGUCUCCGGGAUUUAUUGCUUGUCUACGACUAUCUUCUGCAGCGUGCGUACCACUGCUCUCGCACCUGCCCAGGUCCUCGCUCACGCGCGCUCCAUGGACCCAGCGAUGCGCAGAGACCCCUAGAAAGCCAGCCAUUCACAUACAAGGCAUCCGACUAUUAUUCCCAGAUGUUCUACGAUGCCAAGGACGCCAUGGUCGUCGCCGAGAUGCAAAUUCUCAAGCGCCUGGGAUUUCACGUACAGGUGCACCUGCCAUACGCGCUGAUGAUUAACUAUCUACAGGUCAUGGGCGUAGCAUCCGCCUCCUUGCCUCUACUGUGUGACCCCCAGCGAAGCAUCUCGGCUGCGCAAGUCGCAUGGAACUACCUCUCGGAUGCGCUUCAAACGCCCGUAUACUGCCUCUUCCCAACGCACACCAUUGCCUGCGCGUCUAUCUACCUCCUCACACUGGAACCCAACGCUUUCCACAAGCCCCUCUCCCUGCCACUAGAGCCCAGACCAUGGUGGGAGCUCUUCGACGUGACACGAAGCGAGCUUCGUGCGAUUGCUAGCCACAUUCUUCGCCUGUAUGACACACAGAGCGCACCUCACGCUACUGAAGGACUCGGUCUUGCCUUGCGCGUCCGGGAUCAACACGGCGGUCUCGUGGAAUUUGCCAAUCGCGCAGGUAUCCGAGCAUGGCUCCAAAAGUCACAGCCUACGGCCGAGACCUAA